AUGCCUUCUACAGAUAAUAAAAAUAAUAAAGCAAAGAAUGCAGAUAGGGUUACGAAGUGUGGUUGUUUAAAUUCACACGAACCAAGGAUUUCUUUAUCUCUCAAAUGGCACCAUCGCCAAGAUGACCUUUCCGAUCUACUUAGUCCAUCAUCUGAUCGAAGCAUUCUCCUCUUGGCGUUUUUGUCUCGUUACACAACAACUUCAUCGAUCCAACUCUCGCACAUUCUUGAUUGCUUCAACUCAUCAUCGAUUGAAUCACUAUUUAGAGUGAUCCUUCCUCUCCUUCGUUUCAACAUUACAAAGUAUCUUCUUCAUCUCAGCGACGUUCUUUUUCAUUUGAAACUAGUAUCGCCGCCGUUCGCUUUAGUGGAGAGUUCCCCUUUGUCAGCUUGCUUCAAUUGCGGUUCCGCCAUGGUCUCAGCUUUGAGUUUAACUUCAACCUUUAAUUUGUCAAUGAUGAGAAACACUUCUGUUAGGAAGAAGUCUGUGAUUCUGUUAUCUGCUUUUCGCUGGAAGUUUCUGUUAGAUGCCGUUAGGAGGGGUUUAGAAGAUUUUGAAUUGGCAUUCAGGGAAUUAGCGAAAAUUCUGUUAUCACUCUUUCCUGAUGUAUCAGUUACAGUAGCUGGGGGAAUUCAAUUAGGAAAUGGUUAG